AUGUCCAAAUUUAACGAGCCGUACAUAUGCUGCCCAGUUCCAACUGAUGUAACAGGAGCAACAACUGCAUGUGGAAAUAAUUUAGGUCGUGGAGUGUGUCGUCGCGUGUCUUCACAAUGCUAUACUGGAUAUACUAAUAAUGGCGAUCCACGUCGCAACUGGCCCUCUCAUUUCUUUGACCAAAUAUGUCAUUGUAAUGGAAACUAUGCUGGUUUCGAUUGCGGUGAAUGCAGAUUUGGUUACGAAGGCAACUGUGUAUCAUUUUAGCAAAUGAUUUAUGCUCAUGAGUCAACAGGAUUUCUAACAUGGCAUCGUCUGUUUUUGCUGUGGUUUGAAAGAGAAAUGCAAAUAUUAAUAAAAGAUCCAAGUUUUACUAUAAGAUAUUGGAACUGGACUAAUACUAAUGAUCGGACAAGCACAAUGGCUAAUGUGGCUGCCUCACCUAAUGAUCCAGUGUUUAUCAAUCACCACACAAUGAUAGACUCCAUCUUUGAACAAUGGCUACAACAGAAUCCAAAUGGUGUCGGACGACCAAUUCGCGCUAAAGAAGUGCGAAGUUGGUUUGGUUUCGAGUUUACGAAGCACUCAACUCCUGGUGACGGGAUCAAUGCUGUCUACCCAAGAAGAAGGUGGACAAGGACAUGUCCUGUUAAAGAAUACUCUAAGG